GAAGAAGAAGAAGAAGGGGAAGGAAAAGGAGAAGAAGAAGAAGAAGAUAAAAAAAAAAAAAAGAUUACUACUACUACUUGCAAAACAAAUUGGUUACUUAACUGGUGCUGGGGGAGAGCGCAAACUUGUCCAAAUAUUCGCGGAGAGGACAUUUCAAUAAAGGCUCACGGAGAAAACAAUGGAUGGCGCUAUGAGCCUCCCGAACCAGCCCGACAAAACAACCAAAGUGACUCUGGUUGAGAGAAGCUUGGCUCCUGGUGGAGUGGAACUUGUAAACUCCUACCAGACCACUAGAGUGGAGGACCCUAUGGAUCUUGUUGCUUUGGCACUGCAACUGCAGAAGGGAGACGAUUUUAUUAAAGCCAAUGCUUGCAACAAACUGUCGGUAAUUGCUGACCAGAUCAGAUAUCUACAAGAACAAGCAAAAAAGGUCUUAGAAGAAGCGAAAAGAGAUGCGGACCUCCACCACGCUGCCUGUAAUAUUGUGAAAAAACCCGGCAACAUGUAUUACCUCUACGAGCGACCUUCUGGACAAAAAUACUUUUCCAUCAUUUCUCCUAAGGAAUGGGGCCCAAGUUGUCCUCACUUGUUUGUUGGUGCAUUCAAACUUCAACACGACAUGUCCUGGACUCCUGUGGAUGACGUGCAUAAAAGGGAUACAGAGAUUGCUAUCAUGGGCAAGCUCCUCAGCCAAGCAACGACUUCGCCAUCGGGCAUGGAACCCAAUUUCAAGGGCCUGAAGCUGAAUAAACCUGAACCGUCAUCCAAAAACCAAAUGACUAUUGUUAUACUCUGGCAGAUCAGAAACAUGUAGCAACGAGCAAACAACGGGGCACACGACAAAUAUUUCGUGACAAUUUCACCAUAUAAUUGUUUCAGAACAUUUGGCAAUCCAUCUUUGCUGGGUUUGGGGUGAGCAAGCAUUUCAUUGAAUUUCAAGACAUACGCUGUACGUUCGUGUGUAAGCCACAUACAAUGUGGGAUUUUUGUGUGGUCAGAAUGUAAACUAAGACUAUCCAACAACUUUGCAAAAGUCAUUUGACAUAAUUGCAGAUGUGAAACUACGGGAUAUUGUACAAAAAAACGUGAACUCAGUUCCAUCAAACAAACAUUUCAUUUCAUCUGCAUAUUUUGGAUUUUUAUACAGGCGGCAAUUCAAUAGUGGCAGUGUUGAUUUCAAAACGAUAAGCUACAUCACGGGUUACUGGGAACCGUUUCUGGCAAGGACGUUAGAAGGUUACCAAGAAAAGAACUGAUGUGAGGCAGUAGUCGCCAAUUAUCUGUAGCAACAUUGAAUUGCACAGCAUCCUCUUCUGGAACGACUUUCAUCAGUAUGUGAAAUCGUGGGGGGAUGAAAAAAAUCACUUUGAAUUCAACUCUAUUGGCUGAUUCGGAUAUAACGAAGGGGUGCAGCAAAUGUUUUUCCACCACAGAGCCGAGUUCCCCUGCUUUCAGCCGGCAACAAAACAAGGUGCUGACAUAAUCUGUUUGUUCUCCCUCAUUUAUUUCAUCCCAGAGGCCCUCAAAAAUACCCGAUUUAACAACUGUUCCCCAAGUGGGAGGAACAGCCAAUGGCAGAAAGGCUUGCCGAAAACACACCUGGAUGUCAGGGAGCGUGGUGUGCCAAGAAAGGCCAUUCAACGUGCUGAAAAUGGCACUGGCGCUGAGGGUGGUGGGGAUAGGCAACCUGGGCUUCAAUCUAAGUUUAACCACGGGAGACGGUCUCUCUCGAAAAAGAAAAGGGACACUGAAGUCACUGAGUUCUUCAUAGUUGUUGUCCCUUAAGCUAAAGUGCAGGUGGAUGCUGAAAACCCGAUCGAAGCAGGAAAGGAGGUUGCACGUGGUAUGGUUGAGCUGGUAGCGCAAGGUAAUCUGCGAGCCGAAGCAAGAGUCUUGGAACUGAGCCCUGUAUGCUCCGAGCCCCGGGCGGUCCUGUGCCUCACUGGGGCUGGGGUGACUUUCCAGACUCGAUUUGUUUCCCCCCUGCGGCUCAGGAUAUUUUAACUCGACCAGCCUCAAAACUGGUUUAUCCGUCUGGUGAAUGGUUAGCACACUCGUGAGUCUCUCUGUGUCUGCCAUGAUGCAGGACAGUGAGUGUUUGACAUUGUGUCCUUCUUCCCUCCAACCCUGUGUUACAAUCCCAGUCAAUUUUUCUUUGGAGAGAGUAGUCAGGAGACAGUAGUAGAGUUGGGCGUGAUCUUGAAUGUCUGCGUCGCCAUAGCAACAGACGAUAUGCUGCAGGAUGUUGGCCAGUGUGGUAAAUAGCGAGUCCAGGCUGGGAUGCGUCAUUAAGCGCCGACAAAGCCCCAGCACGCAGUUUCCCAGGCGCCAGUCGCUACUCGCGCACAGGGACGGUGUAACGACGAUGUUGGAAAGUAGUCGGAGGGUGCUCAGCUGAGGGAUUUGCCCUUCUUCUGCCACCCGAGUCAGCACCUUAAGGUGCCAACUGAGGUCUGUUGCGUUAAGCUGAUCAAGUGGAGCCGCGGUGAUAAUGCCCUGCAGGGCCCUGCAGAGUCUUUCAGCCCAAUUACAUUCAGGGAACAAGUCAGAAGUCUGAUCAGCCAGGUUGAGGAUGUGUCGAGCCAGGUGGGUUUGACGGUGAUAGAGCAUACAUAGUUUAUCUGCAAUACUAUUCGAGUAUCUCUCCACGUGGCAAAAAUAGACGAGAAAAAGGAAAA